CUCUGACGCUGUUUCCAUGGAGAUUAAACCUAAAGACGACCCAUUGGCUGUUGUUUUGGGGUAAUUUUUUUUCUACUAUUAUUUUUGUAUUCAUGUAAAGAGAAAAUGUCGAAUUUAAAUCCCUCAGAGCUCCUGGAGCUACCUGUUGAUAACGAUUGUUACCCUGUAACUUAUGACGACUCUCCUGCAGGAAAUAAACAAACAGAAACGGUAACCCAACACACCUCCUUUAGGCUGAGAUUCAGCAGUCUGACUCUGGAUGAGCUCAGUGAGCAGCUUGAGAGACGAACCAAGGAAACACAAAAACUACAAGAGGAGGUUGAAAAUGCAACCAGAAAAGCUCUGAGGAGGUUUGGGUGCACUGACAGAAACAGUUCACCUGGACAAAAGUGCUCCAAAAAUGACUCAGCUGAAGAAUCCACUGGUUGUUCAGCCCACGAGCAGGCAGUGACUCAGGCUGUUGUCUGCUGUCUGGAUCCUUCAAAACUGGAUGAGGUCUGGCGAGACAGAGGCUCAUGUGAAACGCAGGCGUUGGAAAAUGGAAUAGAUAACUGUCUUGAACAGCUGUCGGGUUUACAGCUUAACAAGGCACACAGUGAUAAACAAGAGACAUUUUGUCCCCAAAGAGCCAUCAUGAACUUGCAGAUUAAACUGCACGAAGCUCGGCUGGAGAAGGACUUCCUGUCUGACCAGAGGUUGAAGGACUCAAGGAAACAUGUCGAUCAGAUGAAGAAGACGCUGCGCUUGUUGGAAGAGCUUCAGAACAUCAAAAGGUCUGCGGACGAGAAGCUCCAAGAGACAGAAAACGAGGCGUCGGCACUUCACAGGAAAGUUGAAUUGUUGGAAAAGUCUGUACAAAAAGUUUACCAGACGCUAUACGAGAAGCAGCCUGGGCACAAUUCAACUUGUAAUAAAACUGAGAAGCAUCAAGAACCACUACAGUCUGCAGCUCAUGCAUAUGAAAAUUUCAGCAAGGAUGCAGACAAGCAACACCAGAUAAUUAUUUUAUCAAAGGAACAACAAAGGAACGAAGAAUACGAAGGAUUAAAUGAACAAGGAAGGGUGGAGGACCUGAUUACAAGUCUUCACCAGGAGAUGGCGAUGUUGACUGACAAACUGAGCUCAUCAAAACACAGCAUUGUGAAUUUAUGUGCCAAGUUGGAGCUGCUAAAACAUCUGGCUGAGAGACAGACCUCGCUGUACCGCUGUCAGAUUAGUGGACUGGAGUCAACCGUCUCCAGCUAUAACCAUAAGGUUGGUUGUCUGGAGAAGGAAAUCCUCGAGAUUCAGACUCAACUAUUUACCACCCAGAAAGAGAGAGACCAGUCUCUGCAUCAGGCAAAAGAGCUGCAGUCACAGCUUCAACAACUUAAAUCUUUCUGUGAGAAGCAGCAGCUUGAACUCUGUGAAGAUACAAAGGUUCUGAGUAAACAGCUGGGCUUGGCCAGGAAGCAGCUUUGCAAAGCUGGAGAGGAGAAGUCCUACCUACAGGCGCUUUUAGAGCAAAGGUCACAGGAGCGCCAGACUCUGCAGGCUGAGCAAGAAGCUCUGAUCCUGAAGCUGGCUGACAGAGAAAAGAUCAUUGACAUUGUGAGGCUGCAGAUCGAGAGCAGCAUCCAGACGACAACGCAGCACAGCGACACAAUAACCAAGCUUCAGCAGGAGAACAGCUUCCUCAUCAACCAGCAUAAACAGGACAUUCAGCUUCUCAAAGCUGAACUAGUCCAAAAUAAGUCUGACUUGGUGUGUUUGGAGCGGGAGAGGCAGCAGCUGCAGGCCUCUCUUACCGAGCAGAACCAGCGGAUUCAGCAGGAGACUCUAGAGAAACAGCAAGUUAUCAAACAGCUGGAGCUGCAGCGAAUGCAGCUUUUCGAUCUUAUUAAGGAGCAUGAGGAGCUGCAACGGCUUCACAGCUGCAAGAACGAGGAGCACGAGGGUGUGGUGCUGAAACUUCAGAGCCAGCUAAGAAGUGCCCAUGAUGAGCUCGAUAAGAUCAGAUGUGGACUAAAGACCCUCGGAGCAGCCAAUGGACAUGGCAUCCAGGUGGCUUUGGACAUGCAGGAGGAGAUCACUGCCAGAAGAGAGGAGGUUGACUCCUUGCAAACGAGAAUCCAGCAUUUGGAGGAGAAGGUGGAGAAACUGCAACAGGAAAAGUGCCGCCAGAACCUGGAGACUCACCGUCAGCUUCAGGAACUCACCUUUGUCAGGGAGGAAAAGAGACAACUUGCCAGUGAACUGAAGGUCCUUCGCUCCAAAGACCAUCAGUUAAGGGAGCGGAUUAGUGAGCUGGAAGCGAUCCUUCACAAGAUGUGGGAAAGCUUGGCAAACUGUCAGGAUUUCCUCCAGCUGAGAGAGCAGGAGUAUUUUCGCCUGAAACUGCAACAUGCUGUGAACCUAAAGGAACUCCCGGGUCAGAAUUUGUUCGCACUUUCGACUGUAUCUCCACCUGAACUGAACUCAGGGACUCCAUCCACACAGACCGCCACACCCUCCUCCCAGUACCCCUACAACACCCAGAUCAAGGAGAAUUGUGCCUGCGAGUUCAGAUCUUUCAUCAAAAAGAUGCAAGCAGCGAUUUCAGACAAUCUCAGACCACACACCGAUAAGAGCGCCGUCAGCAGCUGCUUCCACAGGAGGAGGUCUGCUCCGGAGAGACAGUUCACAGCCACUUUCAGUGCUGAGCAGGAGGAAGGAGUAAACGCCUUCUCCAGACCGAGGAGAAAAACGUGUUGCAGCGAGCCACGUUUUCUGAUGGCAACACAGCCGAACGGGCAACCAGACAACGACAGAGACGGCCCUUUUACCUCAAGUCCAGUGAACGCAGAAAAGCUCACCACGUUCCCACAAAUGCUGUCACUGGGCCGCAGGUCACCUGUCCACACCCUGCUGACCUCUAACCCAAACAGCUAGCACAAAGACUCCUCACAUUUAUGGAGACAUUUGGGGGCUUUUUUCAAUAUACUGAACUGAGAUUCACUCUGAACUUUAAGAAGCUGCCUAAUGUCCGCCCAAAAGACAAAUAUUUAAAGCUGACCAUUAAGAGAUGAUGGGCAGAUUGGAGAAAUAAAUAAAUGAAUGCAUAAAAAUGUUUGUUAAAACAUUUUACAUUGCUGUUGAUGUUAUUUGUUUUUUACAGAAUACAAAUGUAUUUGAUCACUGAAGAUUUUGUAAACCAAAUGUUUUGUUUUUCUCAUAAAGUGUUUGAAUUUGUUAUUUACUGUCAAGCUGGAAAUGUUGAAUAAAAGAAAUAUAUACUUCAUAACUCAAACUAUUUACAACACACAUUACAUAUUACACAAAUUCUUUAGACAUCUUGUAUUCAGCGAGUCUACGGUGAACAAGAAACCUUCUGUUACAAUGUUCUCAGAGCGCUGCCAGAGUUAGAGAUGUUUGGUCGUAAGACAUAAAGACACAUUUGGUGAAAACCAAACACAGCAUAGCAGAAGAAUCUCCUCAUAUAAACUGUCAAGCACGGCGGUGGAGGGUUGAUGAUUUGGGUUUGCCUUACAGCCGGGGGAAUUAUGAUGAUCCCAAACAAAAAAACUGAUUGAAAGGGGAAAAGAACGGCCUGGUUCAAGUCUAGACCUCGGCCUGAUUAUAAUUCUGAUGAGGAACAUUUGGUAGUUUUGGAUAAACAAAUACAUGAAAGCAUCAAAUGUUUGAAAGAAAGUUUUAAAGAUAGGUGAUCUGCAAUUGAGUUUGGUUUUUUAUUAAUAAAAUAAUAAAAAUAUUUUGACAUGUUA